ACACUGCUGAGCUGAGUGGAACUCACACAACACACACACUAAAACACUGCUGCUAUAGGACACACACACACACACACCUGCUGGUGCUCAGACAGGCCAGGUGACUGAGAGCGGAGCGGGUUUAACGGAACCGGAGAGAACGUGGGCUGUGGCGGAACACAGGAGCAGAGCAUGGUGGAACCCUGAGUUCUCUAGCAUCGGCCGUGUGUGAGAGAGAACGCUGUGUGUGAGAGAGAGAGAGGAAGAAAGGUGUGUGUGUGUGUGAGAGAGGACAACUUCUGACCAAGAAGUGUGCGUCUGUCUGGACUUCACAAGCAUACAGGUAUGGAGGUGCUGGGCCUAUUGGUGGGCGGAACUACUGUGCUCCUGUCCAUCAUUCUGCUGACCAGCCUCUGUUUGAACUGCAUGAGAUCUUCCUCCUCCCACAGCAUCAUCACUGAAAACCAUGACAACGAUGACUACACACAGCCGAGUGGCAGUUUCAUGGUGACAAGAUCAGGGACAGAAGCAUAUCCGACUCGUGACAACUUUCACACCCUGAGUCCACGGCUCAAUCCAGCCCCGUAUGUCUCUCAGUCUCCUUCGCCAGUGACCAGGCCUAUUUGUAGUACAAACACAGACGAUGAUCAGUCAUCUGCUGAUGAGUAUGUGAAUACGGAGGAUGAGGAUGACCGAGCAUACAUUCAUGUGCUACCAUCUGAGGCGGGGCCUAAUGCAUCGGCCAAUCAGUCCAAACUGAGCCUCUGCCCCUCACACAGCUCUCAAGGUCAGGAUUCAAAUGAGUAUAUAAAUGUGGAUCCCCAGCAUACCAAAGACAACCCAACCCAUGAGGGCCUUAAUGAUGAGAGUGACAGAAACAGUGAGGAGGACUAUCAGAAUGUGUCACCAGUGCAGGUUAGGUGCAUCUCCACUGAAUUUCAGCAUAACAUGUCGGGAACAGAUUCCGAGCCUGAGCCACAGACCUUUCUGAUUGGCUCGCAGGCCUCUCUGGACAGUGAUGAUGAUUUGGACAGUGGAGCAUAUGUCAACGUAUAGAUUGGUCAGCUGAUCACUGUGCUGCACUGAGACACAAGCUCCGGUUCCCGCUCACGCCGACGACCUCAUCCUCACCCCAUCAAAGCCCCAUCCAGGCCGGUUCUGGGUUCCACAGGCCGGUUGUGUGUUCCACAGGCCAGUUCUGGGUUCCAAAGGCCAGUUCUGUGUUCCACAGCCAGUGCUCUAAGGCCUGUCUCGUUUCUGUGAAUCUUCUGCUGACGACUCCUGAGAAUGUUUUCUGUUUGACUUCUAGCCUUCAUAUUUAAUUGGCUAUUUUUUUUCUAGUUUUGAUAUUAAUAUUUGAGUCAAGCUUUUGUUAACUGUAACUAAGAAGGGUAGAUGUUUACCUUCCUCUCAAAUGUGUAAAAACCUGAUUAUUAAAGAAAGGGUGAAUCCUAAACCAUC